AUGCUUGAGUACUCUUGUUCCCACUGCCAGCUGCCGUUGCCUGCCGCGGCAUUGAACGCGAUACCCAGGAGUGUUUUGCACGAUGCCCUCGCAGCUGCGAUACGUUGUUGCCAAGAAGAGUUGGGGGAGCUGGAGCGGAGGCGCCUUCAGGAUGCCGUCUCCGCUGCUAUCGUUGCCUCCCCCUUGCUGCGCACGGAGGCCAUUAUGUGUCCGGACCUUUUUUCUCGGAAGUUCUGCGGCAGCGUCAUUCCGCAGGAGGAGGUGUGGUGGUGGUGCACACAUCUGUGGCGUUGUCUGUCGGACUCCGUGGAGGCUGCCACAACCUGGCUGGCGGUGUGCCAGCGAAUUGGGGUGAGCGAUUUUGAUGAUGCAUCGACUGCCUUCUACCGCAAACAUUUUCCCGCUGUUGGUUGUGCAGGCGUCGCAGUCAGGCAAGGUGGUGAAGGCAUUGUUUGCAGCUUUGCAGCAAGGUGCUACCAAUCCGCCGGUGGCAGACGACCUCUCACACACCAGUGCGCGGAGUCUGCUGUUGUUGUGUGCGGACGACAGCAGCGCUCCUGUCGUUCAGUGGACCCUGUGUUACUGCAAGGACCGCGAGUAUUUGGUUCAGUUAGUUUUAGACCACCUCGAGAGCCACCGCGAUGUAGCCGCGUAGGUGCUGCAGGUUAUGUUGCAUCCCGAGCACGCUGA